UUUGUCAUUGGAGGUGUUUUCUCAAUUCAUUACCAGCAUAAUACAGUGAUUUAUAAUUACACCUUCAAGCCCAAGCCUCCGAUGUGCACUGGCAGCUUGAAUGUCAGGAGUUUGCGAUUCUCUCGUGCUAUGGUCUUUGCCAUUGAUGAGAUUAACAACAGCACCGAGCUGCUGCCUGGCAUUAAACUUGGAUAUCAGAUCUAUGAUUCUUGUGUCUCGGUGCCUGUGGCAGUGCACAUCGCAUUUCAACUAACAAACCGCCAGGACCCCGUGUUUUACAAGGGAGAUAACUGCUCACAGUCUGGAGUGGUGAUGGCCGCUGUUGGAGACUCUGCAUCCACUCCAACCAUCAGCAUAUCCAGCAUUGUUGGGUCCUUUAACAUCCCUCUGGUGAGCUACUUUGCCACUUGUGCCUGCCUGUCGGACAAACAACAAUUCCCGACUUUUUUCAGAACGAUUCCCAGUGACCAUUACCAAGCUGAUGCUCUGGCAAAGCUGGUGAAGCACUUUGGUUGGACUUGGAUAGGUGUUGUACACUCAGACUCAGAUUAUGGAAAUAAUGGCAUGGCCUCUUUUCUUGAGGCAGCUCUGAGAGAGGGGAUCUGUGUGGAGUAUGUUGAAUCUUUCUUCAGAACUGACCCGCAGAGCAAGAUCCAAAGAGUUGCAGAUGUUAUCCGUAGUUCAACAGCAGUGGUUGUUGUAGCGUUUACAGCUAUAGGAGAAAUGAAAGUCUUGCUGGAGGAACUGGCCCGGGAUCCUCCUCCACCUCGUCAGUGGAUCGCAAGCGAAGCCUGGAUAACUGACCCAAACCUGAUGAGAUUCAGUUUCUGUGCUGGAGCCAUCGGUGUAGCUAUUCAGCAAUCUGUCAUCCCGGGUCUGAGAGACUUCCUUCUCAGUCUAUCUCCCUCUGAAGCGGCUGCCUCCCCAGUGCUGACAAAGUUCUGGGAGGAUGCAUUCAACUGCAGCUUGACAAAAACUUUCUCAGACAAGAGAGUGUGUGAUGGAACUGAAGAUCUGAACACCCUAAAAAGCUCGUACACAGAAACAUCUCAGUUAAGAAUCACUAACAUGGUGUACAAGGCUGUUUAUGCUGUAGCUCAUGCCAUCCAGAAUGCAGUUUGUAACAAAACAAAUGGAUUAUUGCAAUGUGACAAACAUGUCAGACUGGAACCCAAACAGGUUCUUAAAGAAUUAAAGAAAGUAAACUUCUCCAAGAAUGGUUACCAUGUCUCAUUUGAUGCCAAUGGCGAUCCUGUGGCUUUCUAUGAAUUAAUAAACUGGCAGAAAAGUGAGAGUGGAGUUAUUGAACUGGUAACGGUGGGAUAUUAUGAUGCAUCACUGCCAAGAGGCCAGGAGUUUCGUAUCAACAGAAACUUAACCUGGUUGGAUGGUGGGAUACAAGUUCCAGUGUCAGUGUGUUCAGAGAGUUGUCCUCCAGGAACUCAUAAAGUGUUGCAGAAAGGAAAACCAAUCUGCUGCUAUGACUGUAUACCAUGUCCUGAAGGAGAGAUCAGUAACAUGACAGAUUCUCCUGAUUGCUCCCCAUGUCCCAGUGAGUUCUGGCCAAACGCAAAGAGAGAUGCUUGUUUCCCCAAACCUGUGGAGUUUCUUUCCUUCGAUGAAAUCCUGUCAAUCAUCCUGGCUACAUUCUCUGUUAGUGGAGUAUUUCUUGCCGUCAUAACAGCAGUGAUUUUCUUCUACUUUAGGGCCACUCCCAUAGUCAGAGCCAACAACUCUGAGCUGAGCUUCCUGCUGCUCUUCUCUCUGACUCUGUGUUUCUUAUGUUCAUUAACUUUCAUUGGAGCCCCCUCUGAGUGGUCCUGCAUGCUGCGCCACACAGCGUUUGGCAUCACAUUUGUUCUCUGUAUCUCCUGUGUUCUUGGCAAAACUAUAGUGGUUCUAAUGGCCUUUAAAGCUACACUUCCUGGUAGUAAUGCUAUGAAAUGGUUUGGUCCAACACAGCAAAGAAUGACUGUCAUGUUUCUCACCUUAAUUCAGGUUAUAAUAUGUAUCAUCUGGUUGGUUGUGAGUCCUCCCUUCCCAGUGAAAAAUCUGACCACCUACAAGGAGAAGAUCAUCCUGGAAUGUGCUUUAGGCUCUGCUGUUGGUUUCUGGGCUGUGCUCGGCUACAUCGGCCUGCUGGCUGUGUUUUGCUUUGUGUUAGCUGUUCUAGCUCGGAAACUACCUGAUAAUUUCAACGAAGCCAAGAUGAUAACCUUCAGCAUGUUGAUAUUCUGCGCCGUCUGGAUCACCUUCAUCCCAGCUUAUGUCAGCUCUCCUGGAAAAUUUACUGUGGCUGUGGAGAUAUUUGCUAUUCUGGCCUCCAGUUUUGGACUCAUACUGUGUAUAUUUGCUCCAAAGUGUUAUAUUAUUUUAUUUCAACCAGAGAAGAACACCAAAAAACAUUUAAUGAAUAAAAAUUAAAAUGUCUCU